UUGGAAUGGAAUCAGGUGUAAAAGAACACAAGGAGAAGGAUAAAAAGGGGAGAGGAACAUCAAAAACAAAAAAUUCUUGACGUAGGUGUCGUUUAGUUGUUGUUGGAAUUUAAGAAUUUCAGAGGAGAGUGGGCACGAAUCACCCACCCGUGGAUUCUCAUUCUCAUUCUACCCAACUCCCAUGUUCCCCAGAUUCAAUUCCCAUUUAUUACUCUUCUCCUUCAUCAUCUCCCUUUGUUGUUGAUCGCCAUGAAAAGGUUCCGAAACUAGCUUUAAGGCUGAAUUUUCCCGCUAUUUGAAUCCGAGGCUUACAAGUUUGAAUUGAUUCUUUGAUUCAUUGGUUUUGUUGCCAUGUCUUUCCGUAGACGGACUUUGCUCAAGGUCAUCGUUCUUGGUGAUAGUGGGGUUGGUAAGACGUCGUUGAUGAAUCAAUACGUGCAUAAGAAGUUCAGUCAGCAAUAUAAAGCUACAAUUGGUGCAGAUUUUGUCACCAAGGAACUUCAAAUUGACGACAGACUUGUCACACUUCAAAUAUGGGAUACAGCCGGACAAGAAAGAUUUCAAAGUCUUGGAGUUGCAUUCUAUAGAGGGGCAGAUUGCUGUGUUCUAGUCUAUGAUGUUAACGUGAUGAAGUCAUUUGACACACUUGACAACUGGCACGAUGAGUUUCUUAGACAGGCAAACCCACCUGACCCUAGGACAUUUCCAUUUAUAUUGCUCGGAAAUAAGAUCGACAUUGAUGGUGGGAAUAGUCGAGUGGUCUCUGAGAAGAAAGCUAGGGAAUGGUGUGCUUCAAAAGAAAAUAUUCCUUACUUCGAGACGUCGGCUAAAGAAGACUACAACGUCGAUGCUGCUUUUUUAUGCAUUGCCAAGACUGCAUUAGCCAAUGAACAUGAGCAGGAUAUAUAUUUCCAAGGAAUCCCCGAAACCGUCGUGGAGACUGAGCAAAGAGGUGGCUGCGCAUGCUGAACCCAGAAACUGAGACUCGGGAACUAUAUAACUCCCAUCCUUUUGGUUCCAAUUCUUCUACAUUUUUGCUGGCUUUGUGAUCCAUAACUAAUCUUUCAUUGCAGACCUUCUGUUCCAUGACCUAACAACUGAGACUUGAAUUCAUCAUCUCUUUUUUUUUUUUUUUUUAAAGAAGAAAAAAUUAGGUUCCUUUUCGUGAGGUAAGAACUUUGUGGGAUGUCUUGAGUCUGUAGGAUCCAUUAUUUCAAGGAUUCUCACCACCACAGCCUGAGUUAAUAGUUUCUGGGGAUCUGAAUUAUUUCUUAUGUUCAGGACGUUUCGUUUAUGUAUUUUAUUAUUUCUUUAUUUCUUCUGGCGGCUUCACGUUCUGUUUUGAACUCUUUUUUUUAUAUGAAACUGAGAAUGGAUACAUUGGUUCUUUUUUUUUA